UAUAUUAAUCAAAGAUUAUUCCAAUCAAUAAGCAUUAGCUUCUAUUUAAUCAAAUAUUACAUAUUCGUCCGGAUCAUUGUCACUCUGCCCAGAAAUUCACAAAGCAAUGAACAUGGAAAGCUAUGAACCUCACUUUCUGUUCGUACCCUUGAUGUGUCCAGGCCACAUUAUCCCCCUGAUGGAUAUUGCUAGAUUACUGGGAGAGCGGAACGUAGCUGUCACCAUGGUUAUAACCCCGCUAAACGCUACUCGAUUUGGUUCAGUCAUUGAACGUGCCAUUAAAUCUGGAUUACCUAUCAAUUUCUUACAACUCCAGUUCCCUUCAACUGAGGUUGGCCUGCCCAAAGGCUGUGAAAGUAUUGACCGCCUACCUUCACUAGACUUGGUAGGCAAAUUCUUGACAGCACAAAGCAUGUUGCAAGAACCCCUUGAAGAAGCACUGCAAGGGAUGAAACCAUUUCCAAGUUGCAUAGUGACAGACAAAAAUAUUCCUUGGAUAGCUACUACUGCCUCCAAGUUCCAGAUUCCAAGGAUAUUAUUUGAUGGGACCAGCAGCUUCACUCAUAUAUGCUCUCACAACUUGCACAAAUCCAUGGUCUACGAGCAUUUUUCUGAUUCAGAACCUUUUGUGAUACCCGGAUUACCUCAUCGAAUUGAAUUCACAAAAGCCCAGUUGCCUUCAUCAUUCAAUCCACGUUCCAAUAAAGAUUUGAUGGCUUUCCGCCAAACUGUGAAAGCUUCUGAGGCAGGAGCAUUUGGAGUUCUCCUGAAUAGUUUUGAGGAAUUGGAAACAGAAUAUGUGAAAGCAUAUCGAGAAGCCACUGGAUUUAAAGUUUGGUGCAUCGGUCCUGUAUCAUUAUGCAACAGGGAAAUCUUAGAUAAGGCUGAACGGGGUAGAAUACCCGCGAUAGAUGAAAACCAAUGCAUGAAAUGGCUUGAUUUCCAGGCAGCAGGCUCUGUAAUCUACGUUUGCUUCGGAACCCUGAAUCGCAUACCAUCUUUGCAGUUAAUUGAGAUUGCCAUAGCCUUGGAAGCCUCAAACAGGCCAUUCAUUUGGGUCUUAAGAGAAGGAUAUAAAAGAGAAGAGAUGGAGACAUGGUUAGAUGAAGUGGGAUAUGAGGAAAGGAUAAAAGGACGAGGCCUCUUAAUAAGGGGCUGGGCGUCUCAAGUACUAAUUUUAUCUCACCAGGCAAUUGGAGGAUUUUUAACACACUGCGGCUGGAAUUCAACGCUUGAAGGAAUUUGUGCCGGUGUUCCAAUGAUUACAUGGCCUUUGUUUGCCGAGCAGUUUUAUAAUGAGAAACUCAUUGUGCAAGUACUAGAUAUAGGAGUCGGGGUUGGGACUCAGCAGGUUGUUAUGCACUUUGGCGAAAAAGACAAGUCUGGGGCAUUGGUGAAGGCUGAAGAUAUUAAGAAGGCUAUAGACAAAUUAAUGGAUGCAGGAGAGGAAGGAGAGCAAAGAAGAAAAAAAGCAGCAGAGCUUGCAGCUACGGCAGAGAAGGCGGUAGCACAGGGUGGGUCUUCUUACCUUAACAUCACUCUGCUGAUUGAAGAUGUUAUGCAAAAGCCAAAAUUCAAUCAAACAAAGUUCUGAGAGGGAGUCAAUUGCAAGCUUGAUCAGAAUGAUCUUUGUUUAUCGUGGUCGAAACAACCUUAAGGAAACGCAUACCAUCAUCAUCAUAAAAAUCACAUAAAUCCCUUUUGAUAA